UUUUUUCUCUUCUAAUAGCUCUCCUGCCACUCAUCCAAUCCACAAAUUUCCCUCUCUUCCAUGAGAAGCUGAAUUGAACUCUUCCCAUUUUUCUCCGUUCAUCCCCGCCGGAGCAAUUUUUCCCAUGGCGAAAACCUUAAUUUCAUCUCCAUCAUCGUUCAUCGGAACUCCUUUGCCGUCGCUUUCUCGCCAUGUAUUUCACCGGCGAAGACUUAUCUCUACUAGAGUGAAAUUCAGCUUCCAUGACCUUCCUCCGAUUCACUCGCUUCACUCUAAUUUUGAUUUUGAAGCUGUUGUAAGCCGAGCGGAGGGACUUCUCUACACGUUAGCUGAUGCUGCCGUCGCGGCUGAUCCUGGUGUUGCUCCCGAUGUUACUGCUGCCGGUACUGCUCAGAAAAGUGGUGGUUGGUUUGCUUUCAUUUCUGACGCCAUGGAAGUUGUGUUGAAGGUGAUGAAGGAUGGACUGCAAGCUGUGCAUGUGCCUUAUUCCUAUGGAUUCGCAAUCAUAUUGCUUACUCUCCUGGUUAAAGCUGCCACUUUCCCUUUGACAAAGCAACAGGUUGAAUCAACUUUAGCAAUGCAAAAUCUCCAACCAAAGAUCAAAGCUAUUCAACAAAGAUAUGCUGGAAAUCAGGAGAGAAUCCAACUUGAGACUUCACGUUUAUAUAAGCAGGCAGGGGUCAAUCCUCUUGCAGGAUGUUUCCCAACUUUGGCUACUAUACCUGUUUGGAUUGGUCUUUAUCAAGCUCUCUCCAAUGUGGCAAAUGAGGGAUUGCUGACUGAAGGUUUUUUUUGGAUCCCUUCUUUGGGAGGCCCGACAACUAUAGCUGCUCGACAGAGUGGAUCUGGAGUUUCUUGGCUAUUCCCAUUUGUGGAUGGGCAUCCGCCUUUGGGUUGGCAUGACACGGUGGCUUACCUCAUUUUGCCUGUCCUGCUUAUUGUUUCACAAUAUGUUUCAAUGGAGAUAAUGAAACCUCCCCAAACAGAUGAUCCGUCUCAAAAGAACACACUUCUGGUUUUCAAGUUCCUUCCGCUCAUGAUUGGCUAUUUCUCUUUGUCUGUUCCAUCAGGGUUAACAAUUUACUGGUUCACAAAUAAUGUGCUGACCACAGCACAGCAGGUAUGGUUGCGCAAGUUAGGUGGUGCAAAGCCUGCUGUGAGUGGAGAUGCCGGUGGUAUCAUCAGUGCUGGACGUGCGAAGAGAACUACCUCUCAACCUGAACAAUCUGGAGAGAGAUUCAGGCAGCUAAAGGAAGAUGAAAAGAAGAAAAAGUCAACCAAGGCACUCCCUACAGAUAAGGUUGAACUUUCUGCUUCUAUAUCUGAUUCCGAGGACGAACAAGAUGAUGACACCAAGCCCAAGGAUGAAGAAGUACUGGAAGAGGCUUAUGCUUCUAGCAGUAGUAAAGAAGUUCCAAAUUACUCAGGGCCAAGGAAGAGUAAGAGAUCAAAAAGGAAGCGUGCUGUAUAAAGUGUGAGCGCAUUAGAAGUGGAGCAACAAGGACUUUAGACUAGACAACAUUACUCUUCUGACAAUUUAGUUGGUGAAGGAUAAUAAAGUUCCAAUCUCAAAGAUAUCCCAGUGUUUGUACAAGCAAAAUAACCUAAAUCUUAGAUCUUCUAGCUAUUACAUAUAUGUCUAACCUCCAACUCUCAGCAAAUAUCAUGAUUUCAUAUGGCUAGCUCGUUCUUCUGGUCAUGGUCUUGAUGGCAGGCGACAAUUUCUAGUUGGCUUUGGCUCAGUAGUGGUAUAUGGAUCCUUCUUGUAUAUUCCCUGCUUCACAACAGUUUGAUAAGAGACUGCAUGCUUAAACUAAAGCAGAAGAGAGACUACGCACUUUAGUUGGCAAUUUAACUUUGUAUAUAUGACACAUGUAUCUUAGGCUCUGUCUAGUGCCCCUCUUUUUAUGCCGGUAAUACAUUUGAGGACUAUUCGCUAAAUGAAGAAAGCCUGCUGAGUUGGCAUAUUGCUUAAAA